AUGAUUCGGUUUAGGUACAGUCGCGCUCUGGCGUGUGCUACGGCCAUUGAAGACAACAGCAUGGGCAAUGGCCUAUGCGAAGGCCCUCCUUGGGCAACACUGCCGGGUUCGCUGUUGCUCACGGUGUUCAAAUUCCUGAGCUGCAAAGAAUUGGUUUGCAUCUCAUCCGUAUGUACUCGAUGGAUGCGCGUCGCCAGAGAUGAGAGGAUUUGGAAGAGGUGA